AUGGCACCAGGCAGGAGGGAUGCGUGCCGUGGGCGGGGGGCAGUGGGAACAUGCGCCACAGCCCAGGUUGCCCUCUGCAAGGCCACGGCCGGACACCGGCAGCUGGUGCUGCAGCUCGGGGGGAGCGGUGACAGCCCUCGGCUGCGUGAGGAGCGACGCAGGAGGAGCGCAGAGGCCCGUGAGCUCAGCAUGGGGCUGCGGCGGAUGCUGCUAGCGGGGCUGCGGCAGGGACCGGCGAGCCCUGUGGAGAGGCAGGAGCUGGAGCGGCUGUGGGUGCUCUUCCUCUCUGCCCUGGAGCUUUUCCUGCAGGACCUGUACAGAGCCCAGCACCUCUGCCAGCUCUUCUCCAUGCAAGGGGGUGGUGUUGCCCCACUGCGCACGGGCUGGGGGCUGCCCAGCCGGCGAGGAGGGGGUCCCACGCAGCCCCCGACUGCCCAGUGCUUGGAGGAGGAGAUCGAGCAGGUGAGGGCCACGCUGGCAGAGAUGGAGAGCGGAGCCAACAUUCCACCAUGGACAGUGGAAGCCACAGAGACCACACAGCCAGCAGAGACAAGCGGCACCACAGAGAGAGUGCCCUGGGGAGGCCCCUGUGCUGGGCACUGCUGUGGGGUGCUGUGAGCUGGGGGGGCAGGAGAUAGCAGCAGAGGUGACACCCCUGUCACAGAGCAGGAGGCAGAGGUACCCCUACAGUCCUCAACCCCUGCCUUUGCAGGUGAUGGUGGGGGCUGCUCCCACCGUGUAGAUGGAAUGGAAUCACUCCAGGCCCCCAAAUAUUGAAAAAGCUUCCAUUGCCCCACAGGGGUCAGUAUCCUUUCCACCCUUCCUGCCCACAC